UCAGAGGGACACCUUAAAACCGAACACGCGGUGGGACCGUGGGAGUUUUUUUACGUUCCUUUAUCCCUGUCAUACUGUGUGUGAUUUAAAUUCUGUUUAAGCUUAACAUAAAGUGAAUAUUUUUAGUAACAUCCAGCAAGAUGGGGAAACGGCAGCACCAGAAGGAUAAAAUGUAUAUCACGUGUACAGAAUACACAAACUUUUAUGGAGGCAAGAAAGCAGAGAUUCCACAGAGCAACUUCAGGCGAUUGGCUUUUGAUCAUUGCAGCUUAUCUCUUCAACCAUUCGAGUACCCCGUGUGUACUAGUGAUGGACACAUCUUCGAUUUGUUGAAUAUUGUGCCUUGGAUAAAGAAAUAUGGAACUAAUCCCAUCUCAGGAGAGAAACUUGAUGUCAAGAAUCUCAUAAAACUCCACUUUCACAAAAAUAAUGAUGGAAAAUACCACUGUCCAGUAUUGUACAGCAUUUUUACCAACAACUCGCACAUUGUAGCCUUAAAAACCUCAGGAAAUGUCUUCUGUUAUGAGGCUGUGGAGCAGCUGAACUUAAAAGCUAAGAAUUUCAAUGACCUCCUGACAGAUGAACCAUUUACACGGCAGGAUAUCAUCACAUUGCAGGAUCCUACAGACCCAAACAAGUCAAAUGUGUCCAAUUUCUUCCAUGUGAAAAACAACUUGGCAGUCACAGACCCAGAUGAAGAAAAGGCAAAACUGGAUCCUUCGUAUCACUUGAAAACUACAAAUCUUGAGACCAGAGAGACAUUGCUGGAGCUCUACAAAGAGUUUAAAGGUGAUGCAGUGCUGGCUGCAACAAUGAAGGGCCCUGAAAAGAAGAAAACAGAUAAACUAAAUGCUGCGCACUAUUCCACUGGACAAGUUGCUGCAUCCUUCACAUCCACGGCCAUGACCCCAGAAACAACGCAUGAAGCAGAUGCCAUAGAUGACAAUACAGUGCGUUAUCAGUAUGUCAAGAAGAAAGGCUAUGUUCGACUGCAUACUAACAAAGGCGACUUGAAUUUGGAGCUACACUGUGACAUGACACCCAAGACCUGUGAAAAUUUCAUCAAGUUGUGUAAGAAAAAUUAUUACGAUGGGACCAUUUUUCAUCGAUCAAUUCGCAAUUUUGUGAGUCGUAUUGGGGAAAACCAUUCAAAGAUGAAUUCAAGCCCAACCUUUCGCACAGUGGACGUGGAAUACUCAGUAUGGCAAACUCUGGACCCAACACCAACAAGUCACAGUUCUUCAUUACAUUCCGAUCUUGUGCAUACUUGGACAAAAAACAUACAAUCUUUGGAAGAGUGGUUGGUGGAUUUGAAGCUCUGACUGCAAUGGAAAACGUGGAUGCAGAUCCGAAAACAGAUCGGCCAAAGGAGGAAAUUCGUGUUUUGAAGACUACAGUGUUUGUUGAUCCGUAUGAGGAGGCAGAUGCUAAGGUUGCUGCAGAGAGAGAAAAAGCUCAAAAAGCAGAGGAGGAGGAGAAAGCCAGGGCGAAAGCAAUCCUGCCAAAAAAUGUAGGCAGCCAAGGGCCAAAAGUAUACCAUCAAGGUGUUGGAAAAUACAUUAAUAUGGCUACUGCUGUAAAAAGAUCAGCAGAAGAAGAUAACAGUGGACCCUCCACCAGUGCGGCUGCUGCAAACAAGAAGGUGAAAGGAAGAUCAGGCUUUGGAGAUUUUAGUUCCUGGUAGUAGAGUGGGACUGAGGCUACCUGCACUUAGUACAUCCUGAAACUUGAUAACACUGUGAGAUAACAGUUCCAUAAUAGCUGCUGCCAUCUUUCCGGAAACAUCAUUUCUUUCUCAGAAAUUACGUUUUUUGACUUAUUUUAGCUUUCCCCAUCUCCCAUCCUCCAUUAAGUAAUUGUCUUUUCUAUGGGUCAUUCUUUUGUACUAAUUAAAUAAAGGGCUACAUGAUGUGCUCUUA